ACGUUUGCAUGGGAUUCUUCAUAUGUCCCUAAUCUAGCCGGAGCAAUAGCGAUGGUGACUGGAAUUGUGAUGUGGGUUACGAGUUUACCAUACUUUAGGCGAAAUAAGUUUGAGAUUUUCUUCUACAUUCACCAUCUCUGCGGUCUAUACAUAGUCUUCUACGUACUCCAUGUUGGAGACUCGUGGUUCUGCAUGAUCUUGCCCAACAUCUUCCUCUUCUUCAUCGACCGCUACUUGAGGUUCUUACAGUCCACCAAGAGAUCUAGACUUGUCUUUGCUCGGAACUUACCUUCAGAUAAUCUGGAGCUCACUUUCUCCAAGACCCCAGGCCUACAAUAUACACCAACAAGCAUAUUGUUUCUAGAUGUGCCAAGCAUUUCCAAGUUUCAAUGGCAUCCAUUCACAAUAACUUCAAACAGCAACUUGGAGAAAGAUACACUAAGUGUUGUCAUCAGAAGACAGGGAAGUUGGACUCAGAAGCUUUAUACCCAUAUCGCUUCUUCCCUAGAUUCCUUAGAGAUUUCGACUGAAGGUCCUUAUGGUCCUAACUCCUUAGAUUUGAGGCAUGACUCUUUAAUACUAGUGAGCGGGGGAAGUGGAAUUAGUCCAUUCAUUUCGAUUAUCAGAGAACUCAUAUUCCAGGCCCAAAACCAUAGCACAAAAAUACCAGAUGUUCUUCUUGUUUGUGCUUUUAAAUACUACCAUGAUCUUGCGUUUUUAGAUCUAAUCUUCCCACCAGAUAUUUCAGUCUCAGACAUCUCUAGGCUGAAUCUCCGGAUCGAGGCCUAUAUAACACAAGAAGACAAGAAGCCGGAGGCAGCUAAUGAUUACAGAUUGUUGCAGACAAAAUGGUUCAAACCACAGCCUCUAGACUCUCCCAUCUCACCAGUCCUUGGACCCAACAACUUACUCUGGCUAGGAGUCGUGAUCUUAUCAUCAUUCGUCAUGUUUCUCUUGCUCAUAGUGAUUGUCACACGUUAUUAUAUAUACCCUGUUGAUCUUAACACAGGAAUGAUCUACAAUUUCUCGUACAGAUCGCUCUGGGACAUGUUCCUAGGUUGCGUAUGCAUUUUUGUUGCUUCGAGCAUAGUUUUCUUGUGGCACAAGAAAGUGAGCAAAGAGGAAAACAAGGAAUCAAGCGAGCAAGUACGAAGCGUAGCUUUACAGAUGUCUACGUCUUCUCCAAGUUCAUGGUUCUACGGGAGUGAGAGAGAGCUGGAGAGCGCUCCGUAUCAAUCUAUAGUACAAGCAACUUCAGUCCAGUUCGGCGCCAAACCUAAUCUGAAAAAGAUUCUAGUAGAUGCAGAAGGCUCAAAAGACGUUGGUGUAAUGGUGUGUGGACCAAGAAAUAUGAGGCAUGAUGUAGCAAGGAUAUGUUCAUCUGGCUUAGCUAAAAACCUUCGGUUUGAAGCAAUUAGUUUCGACUGGUGAUCAGUUCCGUGUUCUAACUAUGCUUUUGCUUAUAUCGAUUGUAAUGACCUUAGAAGUUUAGAUGGUUGGCUGUUUAAUUUUUCUGUUGAUACAAUGCAA